AUGUCGAGCGCGCCCGUCGAAAACAACGAGGUGCCACCGGCGACCCAGGAGGCUCAGCAGAAUGAGGAAGAGGAGGUGAACCCCGAGCCCCAGGAGGCCAAGAUGCCGACGAGGAAGGACGUCUCGCUGAAGGAGUUCCUGAACAAGAUGGACGACUAUGCGCCAAUCAUUCCGGACGCAGUCACCAACUUUUACCUCGCCAAGGCCGGGCUGCCCCCGCCGCCGCAGACCGACCCGCGCCUCGCCCGCCUCCUCGCCCUGGCCACGCAGAAGUUCGUCGCGGACAUCGCCGCCGACGCGUACCAGUACUCCCGCAUCCGGGCGUCCAACACCAGCGCCAACAACCCGAUGGGCAACCUGGGGGCCGCGACCGGCAUCCCCAUCCCGGGCCAGGCGCAACCCAACGCCAAGGACCAGGGCCGCGGCGGGCCUUUGGGCGUACAGCGCGCUGGCUAUGGUGGCGGCGGGCAGGGCGGUACCCAGAACCGGACUGUGCUGACCAUGGAGGACCUAGGCAUGGCGGUGGGCGAAUAUGGAGUCAACGUCAAGAGGAGCGAGUUCUACCGCUAA